GGUUCUUAUAUACACAGACAUUGACCACAGACAUACGGCAAGGGCGUACCAUCAGGCAAGGCAGGCAGACAGGCAGGCAGUCUGACAGAGUUGACCGACUUGACUGGCUGGGAGAGAGAGAAUGCAAGCCUCGCUGCAUACCACCUAACUUACGGUACUUGCCUACUCUCGCAACUUAGUGAGAGACGUCAGGCUCAGCUCUAGGCAGACUCGCCGGGUGGGGGGGACGGCGGCGUGCAGUUGGCAUUGUCCUCUACCUUAUCCCGUCCUGCAGCCUCUCGGGGCGCCGCCGGAUGGUGCACCUCGACAACGUAAGUACUCGAGGCAGCCCAAUCAUGGAUGCCACCAACAAGGCAGGGCUGUGCAACACCAAACACCAAGCACUAACGCACCUCGCCCAUUCAUCCCCAAUCGCCAGCCACCACCACCACCACUACUCAGUGCAUCAGACCCGUGGGGUCUCUUGGGUCGUGUCGGUUGCCUUCUUUUUCUGCUGCUGCUGCUGCUGCCUCGCUGCUGUAAGUAGUGCCUCUCUGACCUGGCACAGGCUAGCCUGUGGAAACUAUGCUGUCUGUAUCCCCAGUCUUGGCCGAGCACUGUCUCGUCUCCUGCUUCAUCAAGCACUUCGCCCGGGACUUGUCCACUCUGUAUCCGAGGAAGAAGUAAGCUGCCUCUCUUGUCAAGCAACCCCCUUACACCAAAUCCAGUCCGCCGCUCCAGUGCGUUCCCAGCCCAAACCACACCCACUCGCAGACAGAGAGAGACACACACACAUGUACAAUGUUGUGCAACGCGACAAUCACGCCCAACCUCCUCCCCAACAGGCAAGGAGAAAGUCGGGAGAGGCUACACACAAAACGCUGCAGGACGACAAAAGAAGAGAACCCCCCCCUCCUCCCCCACACAAGACGCCCCAAUGAGCGAGAAACCAAUAAAUACCCCCCCAUGACCCCAGCCUUUUUGCUUGCUUUUC